CCAGGGCAUGCCUGCAUGUGUGUGGCCCUGGUCCUGACAGCCCUCCCUCCGCUGCAGGCACUGGGCUCCCUCUGCUCCCCGUGGGCCGCUCCCCGCGUGGGGCCACUGCCCCCGGCCCCCGCCAUGGUGCGGAUUUCAAAGCCCAAGACGUUUCAGGCCUACUUGGAUGAUUGUCACCGGAGGUAUAGCUGUGCCCACUGCCGUGCUCACCUGGCCAACCACGACGACCUCAUCUCCAAGUCCUUCCAGGGUAGUCAGGGGCGUGCCUACCUCUUCAACUCUGUGGUGAACGUGGGCUGCGGGCCAGCCGAGGAGCGGGUGCUGCUGACAGGCCUCCAUGCUGUUGCUGACAUCCACUGCGAAAACUGCAAGACCACUUUGGGCUGGAAAUAUGAACAGGCCUUCGAGAGCAGCCAGAAGUACAAAGAGGGGAAGUACAUCAUUGAACUCAACCACAUGAUCAAAGACAAUGGCUGGGACUGACCCCUGCUCCUGACGCAUGUGGCUCCAGCCCGGCCUGGCCGCCAGGGGGCGCCACUGGCUUCCCUUCACCCGAACGGAGCUCUGGACCAUCAGGGCCUCUGCAGAGGAAGGAUCCAGCUCCUGUACAUAUAUUUUAUUGCAUGCACUGUGACCUUGGGGGGAGAUCAGAAGGUGGACAAGGUGGACGACACCCCCGCACCUCCCUGCGAUCUGGCUGGCUUGGAUCUCAUUUUUAACCCCUUCCUGCCCCGCCUGCCCUAUAGAUAUGGCCUGUGUGCUUCUCUCUUGGCCCCAGUGCACCAAAUGCCCUGUGAAAUUCUCCUCCCACCGGGCACCUCUUACCCCACACGUGUCUGCUCCCCUUGUUCUGUAGCGUUUGUACAUAAUAAAACAAUGGAGUGGAGACAG